AUGCGGGAGUUGAAAUGGCAUACCGGAGGACUUCCGGGGUUGAAGGUGGACAUCAUCAAGUCGCGAGCGAAGUGCUGGAAAGCCCUUGGCUGCUUCUCCGAGCUCAAGGAGGAUGCCUCCAAAGUCUUGAAGUUGACUGGGAACCGCGACAGCGAUGCUUUGCAGUGGCACAGGGCGGCAGACGAGGGCCUCCAGCACAAGAGCCGCAGUCGGGACCGGGAAGUGCUGCAGCCGCGGGAGGCCUCCGGGAUGGAAGCCGGGUGUGUCCUUUGCUGA